ACCAAGCGUCACUUUUAGCCGGCACGAAGUCGAGGCCCGCGAAGCACAGAAAUUGUCAACUAGUCGAGUAAAGCGAGGGUGAAAUUUCUUUCAAAAAACCUAACUAUCACCUUACAUAACUGGGGGAAAAAACAGUAAAUGGUUAUGACAGGGGUUGAGGAAUUAUACAGGCAGUUCGGAAUUCUCGCAGAUGCCGGUGAGAGUGCAGGAGAGCAUUCUGAUGCAUACAGCGCCAUCCUGGCUGCAGUCAAGGGGACUCUGGGCGAGAAGAAACUAGCUUCUUCAUUCAUUACCAGAUUCUUCAAGUAUUUCCCUAAACUACAGGAGCAUGCUAUUGACGCCAUGCUUGAUCUUUGUGAGGAUGAAGACAAUCUUCUUCGCAAGCAAGCUAUCAAAGGUCUUCCAGAGCUGUGUAAAGCAAACGUUGAGCACCUUCCCAGAAUUGCUGAUGUCUUGACACAAUUACUUCAGUCAGAUGAUGUCUUAGAGCUUGGCAUUGUUAAAAAUGCUCUUGUUAGUCUCUUCAAGAUGGAACCCAAAGGUACCAUAGGGGGACUGUUUUCACAGAUUCUUAGCGGAGAGGAGCAGGUUAGAGAUAAAGCUAUCAAAUUCUUGGCUGAGGCUGUGGCGGAGUUUGCCAAGAAGACCCUACACCCCUCCCCUGAGACAGAGGAAUAUCUGGUUGAUGAGAUAAAAAAGGCACUGUCAGAUGUGACUGGAGAAGAAUUCAAGGCUUUCAUGACCAUCCUCUCACAGUUAAAAACAAUGCAGGGCUCCCCUCAAGUCCUUGCUGAUAUUGUUACAGAGCAGGCGGAGCUAUGUCAGCCAUUCCAGCCCACAGAUGUUGAUUCCAUAGACAGAUUUAUAUCCUGUGCACGCCAAGCCAUUCCAUUUUUUGUGAGAGGAGCAUCAGCGGAUCCAUUUUUCUCUUACUUGAUCAAGCAAGUAGUGCCUCAAGCAAGUCAGCUUACACAGUCUGAGGAUGGAGAGGACCCCAAACUAGAGAUGCUUAAGUUGUGUGCAGAAAUGUCUUCCUGUACCCUACCAGAAGAGACCAUUAAGGCAGCUGUGGAACCCCUUUUCUCUCUACUCUUAGAAUACAUGCCGUUGCCACCAAGUGACUCAGAGGAUGGCAAGCCCACUGAAGAUGGCACAGAACCUAAACUUCAGUUCUCCUAUGUUGAGUGUCUACUCUUUGCCUUCCAUCAGCUGGCAAGAAAGGAUGAAGCCUUUCUAACUGGUGCUGACUCCACAGAAAGACUAAAAGACUUUAGGCUCAGACUGCAGUAUUUUGCUCAAGGAUGUCAAAUGUAUAUUAAGCAGCUACGAGUUGCCCUUCAAGGCAAAGCCGGAGCUGCUCUCCAAGAGAAAGAGAACAAAAUCAAAGUAGUGGCGCUUAGAACCACUUCAAAUAUCAACAUUAUCAUCAAGGACUUGUUCCAUAACCCGCCAUCAUAUAAAUGCUCUGUUACAUUAUCAUGGAAGACACCAUCUAAAGCCGCUCUGCCUGCUGAACCCCAGAAACCACAAGAGGCAUCCCCCCUAGAUGAAAAACGGAAACGCGCAGGAAUCACCCCUAUUAAGUUUGACAUUCCACCUGAGAAGAAACCAUCAGUAUCACCCCAACAUGCUAAGCGCAGCGGCUUACAGGUGUACCAGCCACCUGGCCGCAGGUCAGGAGCUACAAAUGGCAAAGUGCAAGGACAGGCAAUGCCGGAUGAGUUUGCAAAUAGAAGAGGGCGUGGUCGGGGCGGCUUUAGGAGGGGUGGAAGAGGUAGAGGAAGAUUCUAGGACCCUUUGGGCUGUAUUUUAAUUCGACCUCCAGAGAGGGUGCAAUGACAUUCCUUGCAGUUAUGGAGAUCAUGUGUCGUGCUUUUUAUCAAACGGGGUUUUAUCUGAUUGACUUGAGUGUAAAACUAAUCACACAACACAUUUUCAACCAUUCGCAUGUUUUAUACUUUUUAAUUGUGCUUUUGUUUGGAGUGGAUUUCAUAACUAGAAUGGCCCGAGCGCUUGUGUAUCUAUAGUUUACCACUUGUCUUGUAUUUACCUGGAUUUUACAUGGACUUUUACUGAAAAUGCACUUGUUGUUAUCUGUAUGGAUUGAAGGACAAAGAGUGGUUUUCAUUAGAGAUUCUUUAGCUUGGUGGGAUGGCGACAUAAACUAUUUUAUUGUCUUUUUGUGUUCAAAUUUUACCACUGAAAAACCCUGUCGAACAUGUAUUUUAGGAAACUAGUGGAGAUACUGUGAAAAAAUAAAUAAAAUACCAAAAAAUAUAAA